ACUCCAUUGCCAGUGGCUUCUCAACCCACCACCACGACGUUCGGAUCCUGUGCGGUAAAUGAGGUGAUCCCUGUGGCUCCUAUCUCCGAGGAGCGGGCCACACGGACGCUGUCGAGGAUUAAACUCCUCAACCGCAUUAGGAAUGUCAUUCUCACGCAUGAACAUCUGGAGGAGAGGUUGGUGUUGUGUCAAAGAUCUUCUGAUCUCCCAGAAUGGUGGGUGCCUGGACAGCAUGAUAGAGAGCUAUUGGAGGCGGUCGCACGCGUCCCUCCCAUCUACGCUGAUGUUUAG